AUGUCUCGAAUGUCUAUCCUCAAAAGUUUGAAAGGCGGAGAAGUUGGUGAUCGACCAACCCUCGUGCGAAGACCACAAGUGUGUCUCAAGAAAAGCAAGCAAAACAUGGGAUGUUGCAGGACAGACAAGACAAGAGAGAGAUUCAACCAACCCUCCCCAACAUUUCUGCCUCUAGACCGUCCAGGCCUCCUUAGUGAAAAACCACUUCCGGUCCCGUUGGUUGGGCGGUGGCGACUUUUUAGACUGGCGCUACGGGAGGGCCUGAAAGGCUGGAAACAACCCGAAUUGGACGAGGAGAGAGAGAGGAAGAGAGUGGGUGUGAGAAGAGAGAAAGCUGGGGGUGGGGACCAUGGUUACCCAUACGUAAAACCGCACGGUCGGAGGUACCUAGACUCACUAAUUAGUCCUACCUACUUUUCACUGCUGAACAUGUUCGGCCGCGGACGGCUUCAGGACCAAACUUGGCUUAUCGGUGAGAUAAGUGCUUCCAUGGAACAGAUCAAGUCAACUAAUCAUCUCCUGAUAAGAAAGAGAUCCUCCGGAAAGGGAUCACCAGAGGCUACUACGUAG